GAGAAUUUAGGGAAUAUAAAUGAAUUCAUUUGUGUACAGUAUAAGCAACCACCUUAAAACUUCACACUGAUCUUCUUCCGCGCAUUUGUCUUGUGUUUAUCAUGUUAUAAUCCACAUUUAUUGACAUUUCAUGACAUCUAAAAUGGUAAUCGUGUAGAUUAGUAAACAGACCACAUCAUAAGGGGUUAACCUAAUAACUUUUUCCGAAAUUGUUUAAAAAAUGAAUUGAAAAUGUGGUUUCUAACAUUAGUUACUUAUAUAGCAAUAAUCAUACAAAUAAUAUUUGUUACGAUUGCAAUAGCUGCAGGUCUGUAUUAUUUGGCAGAAUUGGUUGAAGAAUAUACCAGUGUAGCGAAAAAAUUUAUAUGGUGGUUAAAUGCGUUUACAUUUAUACUAUACUUAUCCCUAUGGAUAUUUGAACGCUUCCCGACUUCCAUGAUUGUUUGUGGAUUGCUUGCUCAAGUUACUCAUUUUGUAAUUUUAAGAAAUUUUCCUUUUGUGGCAUUUCUUUCGAUAGAGUUUGUUGCUACAGUACUCUUCAUAUUAAUUAACCAUUAUUUAGCUUUUAGUUACUUCGCUACGGUAUAUCACACAUUUUCAGAGGUAAUUGCGUAUUUUACACUGUUCCUGUGGUUAGUGCCCUUUGCUUUAUUCGUGUCCUUAUCAGCAAAUGACAAUGUAUUGCCAACUAGUAUAGAUGGCACAGAUGCUGACGUAGUAUCAAAUUAUUUUUCGAAGAAAAAUAAGAAGUUUGGACUGCUUGCAGCUUUCAAUUAUGCUAAAGACACUCUUCUUCCAGUGAGAACAAAAAAAGGAUUUUAAUUAUUUUUUCUGCCACAUAAAGACAUUAAUUUAUUAAUUUCAAUUUAGAUUUUUUAAGUUCCAAAAAAUACCAAAACCAGCUAUUUUUAUGUUUUUUGUUGCAAUAUAACAUUUGAAAACUAGGAGUUAUUGGAUCUAUAUUUUUUUUACAUAUAAAUGAAGUUUUGCUAAUAAUAACAACAAAAUUAAAUUAAAAUAUUGAAAAUACUAAUUUUGGCAGAACUUAUUUUCUGUAAUAAAACAACUUUUGUUUACAUGGGAAAGAUUAUACUUUCUGAUUCAAAAACCCAAUAGAAUUUGUUGGGGAAAUAAAACUACAGUUUUAAAAAAAUUAAGUGAAUUUAAUAAUAGUUCCACUUCACCUAGGGAGCCGAUCUAGGGCGCAUCCGAUAAAAUAAUAUUUUCUUUUUAUUUUUAAAUAUCUACAAAUCCAGUCUAUAGGAACCCAAUUAAGACAUUAACUAUUCAUGAGUGUUUUUUUCUUUAUUCAAUGAUGAAUAAUUGUUUUAUUCUAAUAAAAAAAAUAUAUAUGUAUAUAACGCAAU